GAGUGGUAAGGACCAGUGGACCAACCCCACCAAAUCUUUUGUAGGCCGACGGCGUUGGGUCAUAUACUCAUAUCAUAUCGUAUGUGAUUUGUGAUGGUAAAUUGCAAGAUAUUGCGCCAAUUUCCUUGCUUAUCACUGGCCAAUAUUGAUGUUUUAUUUAUUGGCCGACAUUGAUGGUAAAUAACGUCACCCACUCUCAACUUCCCACUUCCAACCCAGCCUACAAUGCCGUCAUCCAAAUGGUCUGUGUUACCUGUAGCUUCGAUAACGCAAAGGAACUGUUCGAUGAAAUGCCCAGCUCAAUCGUGUAACCCACAUCUCGAAGACAUUUUUUAUUCCUUCCACAUGUGAGAAGUGGUUUGACUUGGCUUCUGGGCUUUGAAUAAGAAUAAUGAGGUCUGACUGACUGUUUGUUUGCGACUUGUAAUUUGUCUUUGCAAGCCUUUACCACCACAAAUACACCAUAUAAUGAGUUGAAUUCCUUCAAUUAUUUUGCCAACCAAACCAAAACCAUGGCAUUACCAACAUCAUUCUGGCUCUUCUUAUCCUUUUCUUUAUGGUACUGCAAUGCAUUAGCUUUAGCAACAACAACUCAUGGGCCACCAACCACUCCAUUUCUCUUCCCAGAAACCAAAUCAACAGUGGUUCCAAAUCCUGCUCGCUUCUUCUCAUCUCAUCUCCUCUCAUCUCCACUUCCCACCAACUCAUUUUUCCAAAACUUUGUCGUAUCAAAUGGUGAUGACCAUGAAUACAUUCACCCAUAUCUCAUCAAAUCUAAUUCCUCCUCCCUUUCUUUUUCCUACCCAUUUCUCUUAUCAAACUCCUCCAUGGUUCAACAAAUUUUUGUCCCUGACCUCACCAUCACUUCCUUGAACAAAACUACCCCAUCAGCUAUUCUCAACAAAAGGCAUAGAAUCUCAUCUUUUAGUGAUCUCAGUGUCACUUUGGACCUUCCUUCUAAUAAUCUACGGUUCUACCUUGUCCGGGGAAGCCCUUUCUUGACAUGUAAAGCCAUUACUCGCAGCACAUAUCUUUCCAUUUCAACUAUCCAUGAUAUUCUCUCAUUUUCUUCUGAUGCUUCCCUCACCAAACACAUUAUCAAGCUUAACAACAGCCAGACUUGGCUCUUGUAUACUUCAGCACCUAUACGUUUCACACAUAGCGUAUCCCAAAUUACUUCCCGGGAAUUUUCUGGGGUUAUUAGGAUUGCUAUCUUGCCUAAUUCAGAACGAAAAUAUGAGGCAGUGCUCGAUAAGUAUAGCUCAUGUUAUCCGAUCUCAGGCGAUGCAAAAUUGAGUGAGCCCUUUCGUUUGGAAUACAAAUGGGAGAAGAAGGGAAGAGGAAAGCUGUUGCUGCUUGCACACCCUCUCCAUCGCCAACUAUUGUCGGGGAACAUUGUGUUAGAGGGUUUCAAGUACAAAAGCAUUGACGGUGAUCUCGUGGGAGUUAUAGGAGAUUCAUGGGUAUUGAAGUUGGAACCAAUUCCAGUGACUUGGCAUUCCAUUGCUGGUAUUAGGAAGGAACACUUUCCUGAAAUUGUUUCUGCACUUCGCAAAGAUGUUGAUGCGUUAACAACAAUAUCAACACCAUCGUCAUAUUUCUAUGGCAAAGAAGUUGCAAGAGCUGCGAGAUUGGCAUUGAUUGCAGAAGAAGUUGGUUAUCCUAAGGCAAUUCCAGUGGUGGCAAAGUUCUUGAAAAAUGCAGUUCAACCAUGGUUAGAUGGAAACUAUAGCAGGAAUGGCUUCUUGUAUGAAAGGAAAUGGGGUGGUCUUGUCACCAAACUAGGAUCCACAAGUUCCACUGAGGAUUUCGGGUUCGGAAUAUACCAUGAUCAUCAUUUUCAUUUGGGCUACUUUGUUUAUGCAAUUGCAGUACUUGCAAAGAUUGACCCGGCAUCGGGGAGGCAAUAUAAGCCACAAGCUUAUUCUCUAAUGGCUGAUUACAUGAAUGUGGGCCUAGGAUCAUAUUCGUAUUCCUAUUAUCCUCAGGUUAGAUGUUUUGAUCCGUGGAAGUUACACUCUUGGGCUGCAGGGCUCCAAAAUUAUACAGAUGGGCGAAAUCAAGAAAGCACAAGUGAAGCAGUGAAUGCAUAUUAUUCAGCUGCACUGUUGGGAUUAGCCUAUAAAGAUAACCAUCUUAAGCGCAUUGGGUCAACGCUUGCUGCAUUGGAAAUUCUCUCUGCUCAAACAUGGUGGCAUGUGAGAGAGGGAAACGAUAUGUAUGGGAAAGAAUUCAGCAGGAAGAAUAGGUUGGUAGGCAUUUUGUGGGCUAACAUGAGGGACACCAAACUUUGGUUUGCUCCGGCUGAGUGGACGGCGUGUAGGCUGGGAAUUCAGGUUCUUCCUAUCACACCAAUCACAGAGAUAUUGUUUUCUAAUGCAGAGUUUGCGCGAGAUGUUGUUAAUUGGGCAUUGCCUUCUUUGAGCUUGAGUGGACUUUCAGGACGCUGGAAGGAUUUUGUUUAUGCUUUGGAAGGAACCUACAACUAUACUAGCGCCAUAGCCAAGACAAGGAAGUUGACAGAACAUGAUGAUGGGAGCACUCUUGCCAAUCUUUUAUGGUGGAUUUACAGUCAAGAGAGGUGACAAAUCUGUGAUUGGGUAAGAAAAGCUCCUAAGAACCUCAUUCUUAUUAUGCUCAUCCAGCUUCCUACACUAAUGUUAUCAUUAGUUAUCAGCUUUUCAUUGAGUUAAUGUUAUGGUUUAAUUUGGUUGCCUAUGUAUUCAAAUGGACAAAAAUUAAAUCUAAAUCUGUUCAAGUCAUGAUUUGACCUGAUUACAAUA